AUGUUCUGCGCCGCAUCCCAGAAGGUGUACGGCGCCUGCAUCUACCUCAGGUGUGUCUCGUUCAAUGGUACAGUUUCGUUGUCACUGGUUACCGCUAAAUCUCGUGUAGCUCCGCUUGGAGACCUAGAGAAGAAACGAAAACAAAUUUCGAUUCCACGAUUGGAGCUCUCGUCUGCACUCACAGGCGCACAUCUGUACGAAAAAGUCGUCCAAAGUCACAAGAUCGCAGUUCAGCCGUAUUUUUGGAUCGACUCAAUAAUCGUAAGUGUUGGAUCGCAGCGCCUCCGUCUCGUUGGAACAUUUUCGUGGCCUGAAAUUCAGCACAUCACACGUGGAGGUAUUUUGAAUCACAUAGCCGGCUUGGACAACCCGGCAGAUGUUCUAUCAAGAGGAAUGGAUCCUCAUCAGCUGAAGGAUUUCCAGAUGUGGUGGCAAGGGCCACCUUGGUUACGGUUAGACAAAACCUUAUGGCCGACAACGGCUAACAUAAAUCAGGAGGACAUAGAUCCUCUGUUACUCGAAGAACGCACAACGGUAUCGGCUCCAGCUCAAGUUAUUGAACCUAGUACAAUCUUCAAUCUCAGAUCGUCAUUACAAGAUUUAGUUCGCAUCGUAUCCCUCGCCCGGAGAUUUGUGCACAACUGUCGAAACACUAGUGACCGCAGAGUAGGCCUAGUGCGACUUGAAGAACGAGAAGCAGCUUUACAUCAGCUACUGAUCCUAGCCCAAAGAGAAAGUUUUCCAGAAGAUCUAGUCACGUUACGUAAGAAUGGAGAAGUCAAACCUACGUCUCGCUUAAAGCAACUAUGCCCUCGCUUGGUAAACGGAUUAAUCCUCGUCGGCGGCCGGCUUCGAAACGCUAACAUUUCAGCCGGUCGAAAGCAUCGUAUAGUUCUGGACAAUCAGCAUCCUCUUUCGAUCCUCGUUGCGGAUUACUAUCACAAGAAAGCCCUGCACGCUGGGCAACAAUUGCUCAUCGCCAGCAUUCGGGAAAGAUACUGGCCGAUAGCAGCUCGUAGCUUCACAAGGAAAGUUAUUCAUCGGUGCGUCAAAUGCUUUCGGGCUCGACCGAAGAGUUCCGAACAACUCAUGGCAGAUUUACCAGCCGAGCGGGUCAAUCCAGCUCCACCGUUCCUGUGUGUAGAAGUGGACUACUGUGGUCCGUUUUAUAUUCAGAACCCCUAUCGCAAGGGUGGUCCAAUCAAGUGUUUCGUAGCAGUAUCAUCUGGAGGUCGUUGCAGACCUCACAACACAAGCUUAUGUCGCGGCGUUGAGAAGAUUUGUCUCCCGGCGAAGUAG